GACAAGAACAUAUUCAAUUCCAAAUUUGACAUUGCAAUUUUGUAUGCUGGAGGAAUGCAUUUUUUGUAACUGAUUGAUUUACUCAACUGAUUGAUGCUACUAUCUUCCUUGGCCUAUCUACAUGUUUUAUUUGGCGUCAGGUAUAAGCAUAUCACUUCCACGUUUGAGAAAAGAAGAAAAAAAACGCUUUAUUUACGACUAAAGAGUGCCCGUAAAAUCCAUCUUCUGUACUGAAUAAAGGUCAUAUAUCAAAGGCUGUUUUGGGAUAACAUCACAAAAUAAUUUCCUGGUCUAAAAUAUGUAUACGUUUAUACGUUAUUAAAAGGAAAUUUAAAACGGGUUUGGGAAACGAAAUGUUUGGGAAACGAAAACUACUUUGGAAGAAUAGCUGUAUGUAGAAGUUAUCGUUAUAUGCAUCACUCUGUAUCGCACGCAUUUUUCAAUCUUAACAAUGACUAUUAUGAUACAGUUUUGCAUUUCACUAUCAUCAGUAGGUCUAUUUGUUGUAGUAUCGUUACUGCUUGUAUACAUUCUAUAACUACUUGUUAACUUGGUAUGGUGCGUACAUAGUCAUUUCCUCACCCAAUAGGUAUGGACUAGCUAUCAUGGAAAAUUAAAACGGAAAAAAUAACCCCACGAACACAAUAGUCUAGUUUCACAUUCGUAAAUAACCACGGCAAUUCAGAGUUAUUUCCCUUGAAAAUUACGAUAAUGAGGCUCAGGGUACUUCCGGUGGUAUCCAAUGUCAAUAAUGACGGCGCCAAAGAAUUCAAUCUUUCAUCUUGGAGUCGACGAUUUCCGUCAGCUUAGAGUAGUUGAUCUGAAGGAAAUUUUGCGAGACCAUAACGAAAGCAUCACUGGGAACAAGUCUGUGCUAGUGGCAAGGUGUCUGUCGGUAAAAACGAAGCUUGCUAUUGAUGUACCCGAUGCUGACACAGCCUCGAGUGACCCGUUUACAUUUGGUACUGACGAUAAGGAAAUUACAUACAAACAGUUGAAUUUGUCCGCUAAAGCUCGCAUAUGGAGUGAUGACUUGAGAAAUAUGGUCGAAUUUAAUUUCAACCAACUUCAUGAAUAUUUGGUUACACGCACCAACAAAUAUGACGACCCCUCAAUGAAAGGUUCCUGCUACAAAAAGUUAAAAUCUAACCAAUUUUUCAUGGAAGGGCACGUAUCGAAUGUUGAAGUCGCGAGGGGGCAAGGACAUACGUGGAUAAAAUCAAAGGUCAUUGCCUCAAUGAAGAAGACUAAAUACAAUGUGAUGGUUGUUUUCCAUAGCAAUGGGGAUGUGAGGUAUGCAGCAUGUGGAUGUCCUGCUGGAUUAGGUAUGAAUGGACAUGGUAAAUGCAACCACAUUGGUGGAGUACUCUUUGCGGUCAACAGUGUUUAUGCCAAUGGCUUACAUUCUAACACGGCCAAGGUAUCAUGUACAAGUAAGCUGAAUGGUUGGAUUGUCCCCCGAAACCUUACUGUACCCCCAAAACCUGUCAAAAGAAAUAAAAAUUGAGAAAAUACAAUUCGA